AUGAUAAGGAAUUUAGCAAAGAGAGGAGUAUCUGCUACUGCUUCUUCUUACUUGAAUUCGAAUUCAUGGACCAUAGCAAACCCAAACCAGAUUCGACUUCUUCAGAAAUGUAACUUCAGCUCAGGAGUCCUCCCAAACAACGUGGAUCGCAACUCGGAGGCCUUUGCUCGUAACUCGAUGGCCAUGGAAAGCCUCAUCUCUCAACUGCAAUCCCACAUCCAGAAAGUUUUGGCUGGAGGAGGAGAGGAAGCUGUGAAGAGGAACCAGAGCAGGAACAAGCUUCUGCCUAGAGAGCGAGUUGAUCGUCUUCUAGAUCCUGGUUCUUCUUUCCUUGAGCUUUCUCAGCUUGCAGGCCAUGAAUUAUAUGAAGAACCAUUACCAUCUGGUGGCAUAGUUACUGGAAUAGGUCCAGUUCAUGGACGACUUUGCAUGUUUGUAGCGAAUGACCCUACUGUCAAAGGAGGAACUUAUUAUCCCAUAACUGUUAAGAAACAUCUUAGAGCACAAGAAAUUGCUGCUCAAUGCAAAUUACCGUGCAUAUACCUUGUUGAUAGUGGAGGGGCCUUUCUUCCAAAGCAAGCUGAGGUCUUCCCCGACAGGGAUAAUUUUGGUAGAAUUUUUUAUAACCAAGCUGUCAUGUCUGCUGAAGGAAUUCCUCAAAUUGCACUGGUAUUAGGCUCUUGCACUGCUGGAGGUGCCUACAUCCCUGCCAUGGCUGAUGAAAGUGUGAUGGUCAAAGGAAAUGGUACCAUAUUUCUUGCUGGACCCCCUUUAGUGAAGGCUGCUACCGGCGAGGAAGUCACUGCUGAGGAUCUCGGGGGCGCUACUGUGCACUGCAAGACAUCUGGAGUUUCAGAUUAUUUUGCCCAAGAUGAACUGCAUGGACUUGCUCUUGGAAGGAACAUUGUUAAGAACCUGCACAUGGCUGGGAAAGAAAGCAUGGCAAUGGGAUCACAAAAUAAUAGCUUGGAUUAUGAAGAGCCAUUAUAUGAUGUGAAAGAGCUUCGUUCUAUUGCACCAGUAGACCUUAAGCAGAGCUUUGAUAUCCGAUCAGUUAUUGCCCGUAUUGUUGAUGGCAGUGAAUUUGAUGAAUUCAAGAAAUUGUAUGGCACUACUCUUGUGACAGGAUUUGCUAGAAUUUUUGGACGGCCUGUAGGAAUAAUUGGGAACAAUGGAAUAUUAUUUAAUGAAUCAGCUUUGAAGGGUGCUCAUUUCAUUGAAUUAUGCACCCAACGGAACAUUCCUUUGGUCUUCCUUCAGAACAUCACAGGGUUUAUGGUUGGCUCAAGAUCUGAGGCUAAUGGUAUUGCAAAGUCUGGAGCAAAGAUGGUGAUGGCCGUUUCGUGUGCAAAGGUCCCCAAGGUUACAAUUAUUGUUGGUGGAAGCUUUGGUGCUGGAAAUUAUGCCAUGUGUGGUCGAGCAUAUAGUCCCGAUUUCAUGUUUCUUUGGCCAAAUGCUCAAAUAUCCGUGAUGGGUGGUGCUCAGGCUGCCGGUGUGCUGUCGCAAAUAGAGAAGGCAAACAAGAAAAAGCAAGGAAUUCAGUGGACAAAGGAAGAGGAAGAAUCAUUCAAGACAAAAGUUGUGGAGGCAUAUGAGAAGGAAGGGAAUGCUUAUUACUCAACAGCCAGGCUGUGGGAUGAUGGAAUCAUCGAUCCGGCUGACACUAGAAAAAUCAUAGGUCUAUGCAUCUCUGCUUCCAUGAACCGUCCGCCGGAACCCACCAAGUUUGGUGUCUUUAGAAUGUAAAAGCCCUUCAGUAAUAAGAGGCAAUGCAAAUUGAACGAAUGCGAUGCGGGUUGUCUUUGAGCUUGAACUCGAGUAUUAAUUGGAGUCGGUCUCCUUUAGGACUUAGUUUUCUGGUGUUUGGUCACACCAAUUCCCGAGGUGAUUUCACUGGACCGUCCUCUGCCGAGGUACUUUUCUCUUGAUUUUCUUGCUUCAUGCGUCCUGUCUGCAGGCGCCUCGAGUACUAUUACUUGGGUUGGCACCUUGGUAUUGUCUUCAUCGGCAGCUCGAGGGAUGCCACUUCGAUACCUAGAUCACAUAGGUAUACUUGACAUCUCGGUGUCGUGCCAUUCCCUUAUGCCACAUGUCAGCAUAUUGGUGGGAAGAUAUUUUCAUUAUUAUCACAUACUAGUGGUGAACUUGCGUGUUGCACGAGCAUUAUUUAUUUGUAACUCCGUAAAUGAAGCUUUGAAGUUGUUUUCGAUUAAAAAAUUUGUAAUGUUUGUUUAUAGAGAAAUAUAGAAUCCAAUGUGUCUAAA